GCAAAACUCUGGCAAGUAUGGGCACCAUUGUAAAUGUGGUUUCUCAAUUGAUUUCCCCUGCAAAAAUAAAGGCCAUCCAUCCAUCCAUCCACACAGGCCAGCUUCUGGACAGAGCCCCGCCGGCACAACUGUUGGGCCCCUGGGCUGGUUAGCAUGCUGACAAGGAUAUGUCUUGUGAUGGGUUUGGACGACCAGAUAUUUUGCCUAAAUUGAGGAGUGAUCUUCAUACCUGGAGUUCCAGAAACUUGCGUGAGAUCCAGCACUUGUCAUGGCUGAGGAGGUCAAGAGAGGUCCCUAAACUCUCCACUGAGGUCAGCUGUUCUUCAGUACCACCCUUUCGGUCUUUCACAGGUGGCUGCACAACAACAGCCUCCAGUGCUGUCAGUUUUCAACCCUCAAGCUACUCCAACACCAGGCCCGGCCUGCCACCUUCUUCUCAUGUACUGCUGCCCAGUGUGACCCGCUAUGCCACAAGGCCUUCCUACCCCCAACAUCCUGCUCCUGCUCCAGGUUUCCUUCCUCAUCAGCCAUUCCAGCCUCAGCCUGUGCCCAUUGGUGGACCCUCAGCCUUCCCUCCUCCAGAUCCCUCUAUGCUAGCUGCUAACUUAUCUGGACCUCUGCUACAGCCUUUGUCGUUGAUACUAGGAGGCAUGCCCCCCAUGCCCAGCAACAGUUUAAAAUUUUGUUUUAACAACAUUCAGGCAUUCACAGGGGAAACAAGUCAGGAUUUAGCUGUUGUAGUAUAUUUUCCCACAGCCCAUUUUUGCAUAAAAUGGGGCCUUUAAUAAUUGCCUGGAGUGGAACUUCUUUUUGUUUGUUUUGUUACAAUUUAAUGUUUUACUGUUGUCGCCUGAGCAGUUCCUCCCUCUCUGAAUUAAAAAAAAAU